GCCAAACAAACUGUUUGUUUAUAUUCACAAAAACGGUUUUAAGUCAUGUUUUCUAUUGAGUUGUGUAUCAGCUAUUUGCUAGUUUUGUGGAUCUAUUUUCUUUGGAAACGCCGCAAAUUCUAUCAACUAAUGCUGAAAGUGCCCGGUCCAAUGGGCUAUCCCCUAGUUGGCAUAUUGCACAGAUGUGUGGGCCGAAAUGCUCUCUUGAAUGAGUUCGCCGUUGAAAUAGAAAAGCGGGGACCUUUGUGGCUGAGCUGGUUUGGUCCAAUACCCAUGUUCGUUGUCAGUGAUCCACAGACAAUUCAGGAUAUAUUGACAUCGCCGCAUGCCAUAAAUAAGGCGGACAUAGCAUACAGCGUAAUGGAACAGAUUGUCGGAAAUGGAAUAGUUGUUAUCAAAGAUCCCUUGUGGACCGUGCAUCGAAAGAAUUUAAAUCCGGUCUUUGCACACAAUGUUUUGCUCAGUUUUUUGCCCGUCUUCAACGAUGAGACGGCCCUUUUACUUCAGGAACUGGAUGCGUUGGUAGGCAAGGGAGCACAGGACGUAUACGCAAUAUUGAAGAACUUUACGUUGAGAAUUACAACACAAACUACAAUGGGCAGCGAGAUUAAAGAGGACGAAUGUUAUUCAAGUAAUUCCAUAAUGACAAGCUAUGAGAACCUUUUUGAAGCUGGAACUGAAUUGACCAUAUCACCAUGGCUUAAUAACAGAUUAAUGAGCUAUUUCUAUGGCUUUGUGAACAUUGUUAAAGAGGAAAAUGGUAGAAUUCGGCAACGCAUUAAAAUGCUGGUUGACCGCAAACUGAAUACUGAUGGCAUAUCUGACAACAACAACAAUAUAUUCAUUAAGCGGGCCAUUGAUCUGUUCAAAAAGAAGGUCUUCAGCUAUCAGGAUGUCGUGGAUGAGUGUCACACAUUCGUGAUAGCCGCAUUCGAGACAACUGCCAUGACCAUUGGCUACACUCUGAUGCAGCUGGCCAUGUAUCCGCAAUAUCAGGAGAAAGUCUACGAGGAAAUCAAGUCGGCAUUUCCCGCUAGUGGUAACUUUGAAGUUCUCUAUGAAGAUCUAUUAAAACUGGAGUACCUGGACAUGGUGGUACAUGAGAGCAUGAGGCUGGCGCCUUUAAUUCCAAUUAUUGCACGACAACUGUCCCAAGAUUUGAAGCUAACAAAUGGAGUCGUGUUACCUAAAGGUCUGCACACCUCGAUAAGCAUAUUCCACACACACCGCGACAAAAAUAUAUGGGGCCCCGAGGCAGAAAUAUAUAAUCCCGAAAAUUGUAGGGCUCAAAAUUUGCAGGAGAAGCAUUCAUACGCCUAUAUACCUUUCUCAAAGGGCAAGCGCAACUGCAUAGGUUGGAAAUAUGGUUUGAUAUCCCUGAAAAUCACGCUCAUCAAACUAUUGAGAAAUUAUAGAUUUAGCACCAGUUUUCGUGCCCAGGAUUUGAUUCUCGAAAAUAAUAUAUCACUCAAGUUUCAAAAUGCUCCCUUUUUGGAACUAGAGCGAAGGCCUUGAAAAGCUAAGUAAAAAUUUCAUUCUAUAUUCGAGUAGGAUAUUCACUUCCUUUUACGCUCUCUAAAAAUCGAAUAAAUAGUUACUUUAAAAUUUGA